UUUACGUAAUUUGUUUAGUUAGUUUGGUGCAAAGCUCAUUUCCGGUACCUUCCGUGCCGCUGACUUCCUCUUUCGAGCUUCCUUCAAUUCCUUCGCCUCAGCCCGAGCUGCACCUUUUGUGAUGGCGCGGGCACUGGUUAACCUCGCCGUCGGAACCGUCGUUUUCUUCCUCCUCUUUCUUCUCUCCCAAUCAAACCCCUCCACGUCACCUCCGCGACUCCUCCCUCCGCCUCACCACGGCGCACGUCCCGCCAUGGUCCUCCCUCUCUUUCCUUCUUCCAAGAAUUCCUCUAGAACCUUCUUGCACUCUCAUCGCCACCUUCUGAGAUCUGACUCUCACUCUUCCCAUCCAAACGCUCGGAUGAGACUCUACGAUGAUCUCCUUCUCAACGGGUAUUACACUACGCGGCUUUGGAUCGGGACCCCUCCGCAGCAAUUUGCGCUUAUUGUGGAUACCGGAAGUACUGUUACUUACGUUCCUUGCGCCACUUGCGAACAAUGUGGUAGACAUCAGGACCCGAAGUUUCAGCCUGAUUUAUCCAGUACUUACCAACCUGUAAAGUGCAAUUUGGAUUGCAAUUGUGACAGUGACAGGGUGCAAUGCAUUUAUGAGAGACAGUAUGCUGAAAUGAGUAGCAGUAGUGGUGUCCUUGGUGAGGAUAUCAUAUCGUUUGGGAAUCAAAGUGAACUUGUGCCUCAGCGUGCUGUUUUUGGUUGCGAAAAUGAGGAAACUGGUGACCUUUACAGUCAACAUGCUGAUGGCAUUAUGGGAUUGGGCCGUGGUGAUCUCAGUGUUGUUGACCAGCUUGUUGAAAAAGGUGUGAUUAGUGAUUCAUUCUCAUUAUGUUAUGGUGGGAUGGAUAUUGGUGGGGGUGCUAUGGUUCUUGGAGGCAUAUCUGCCCCGUCAGACAUGGUCUUUAGUUAUGCCGAUCCUGUUCGCAGUCCAUAUUACAGCAUUGGUUUGAAAGAGAUACAUGUUGCGGGGAAGCAGCUAUCUUUGAACCCAAGUGUCUUUGAUGGAAAGUAUGGAACUGUUUUGGAUAGUGGUACAACAUAUGCAUAUCUACCAGAACCAGCAUUUUUGGCAUUUAAAGAAGCUAUCUUGAAAGAACUUAAUGGCUUAAAGCAGAUCCGUGGCCCUGACCCAAAUUACAACGAUAUAUGCUUCUCCACUGCUAGCAGUGAUGUCUCUGAGCUCUCAAAAACAUUUCCAACGGUUGAAAUGGUAUUUGGCGAUCAGCAAAAAUUAUUGCUCUCACCUGAGAAUUAUUUGUUUCGGCAUUCAAAGGUCCACGGUGCAUAUUGCCUUGGUAUCUUCCAAAAUGAAAAGGAUCCAACAACCCUUCUAGGAGGUAUCAUUGUACGUAAUACUCUAGUCACAUAUGACCGCGAGCAUUCCAAAAUUGGUUUCUGGAAGACCAAUUGUUCUGAGCUAUGGGAAAGGCUGCACAUAACUGGUGCACUAUCACCAACUCCAUCUUCAAGUGGGAAGGGUAAUUCAACUGAGUCACCAACUACAACAGCUUCUGAUGGAUCACCACAUUACGAUUUUCCAGGGAAAAUUCAGAUCGGUAAAAUUAUAUUGGAUAUGUCAUUGAGCACCAACCACUCAUAUCUAAAGCCUCAGAUCAAUAAACUUACAGAGUUCAUUGCUAAGGAGUUAGAUGUUAAUGCUUCACAGGUCCAUUUAUUGAAUUUUACAUCUGAAGGAAACAGUUCUCUUGUUAGAUUGGCCAUAGUCCCUUCAGACUCAUCAACCUACAUUUAUAAAGAGACUGCAAGAAAUAUAAUUUCUCGACUUGCUGAACAUCGCGUGAAGCUCCCUGAUACUUUUGGAAACUAUCAGUUGGUGCAAUGGAAAGUUGAGCCUUCUACAAAACAGACAUGGUGGGGGCGAAAUUAUAUGGUAGUGGUCGUGGCUCUUAUCAUAAUAGUGGUGAUUGGAUUAUCAGUUUAUGGAGUGUGGGGUAUGUGGAGACGUAAACAACAAACGGUGAAUUCAUAUAAACCUGUUGGUGCGGCAGCUCCGGAGCAAGAACUUCAGCCUCUAUAGUAAAUGAAACCUCUUUUUUGGUUUGGUUAUUAUCCUGGUUUGGGAUAUGGCUUCUGAAUCAAUACAGUUUAAUGUUGAAAGCUUUGGCUUUUUCUUUUUCUUUUUUUUGGCUCAUUAUUUCAAGAUAGGAGUAUACAAAGGAAUACUUAAUGCGAAAUGAAUCAGGGAAAAAAAGAAAGGAAAAACUCAUUAGUCAAUAAAUAAGAAUCAAUAAAAAGCUCGUUAAUCGAUA